CCGCUUAGUGCAUCUGUCAGAUAUGCUAGCGCACUCAGGUGUGAAGAACGCCUAUGAUCUGAAGCCAAACUUCCCAUUGGAUAGAGCUAUCCUGACUCCACCCUGUUCAGGUAACCUGGCCUGUGAACUGGGACAGAGUGACACCAGGAUGGGAGUGUUGGCAGGGCUGUGCCAGAGCUGAGGCUGUGCUCUCACCCAUCUGCUACAUUUAGGACAGCAGCUCAUUUUUUCAUUGCACCUUGACAAGAGGAGACACAUUGAAUAUGUCCUGUGUCAUUUCUUAAACAGAGCCUGCCUGCAGAAGUAUAAUGACUAACUGAAACUUUCUGGAUCAACGUAGAAAAGAAAGUUCCCCAGAACAAUGUUCAGGCAAUCAGAUGCAUCAUCCAAGAGACGUCCUUGUGGUGGAAGUGGGCUCAACUUAUCCCAACCUCCCCCAUCCUCCUCCAUCCAGCAGGGUCGUAUCCGGGCUGUGGAGGUGGCCCGAGGGAGGACGGGGUAUGGCUUCACACUGUCAGGCCAAAGCCCUUGUGUCCUCAGCUGCAUUCUCAAAGGGAGCCCUGCAGACUAUGUGGGUUUGCGUUCUGGAGACCACAUCCUCUCUGUCAAUGACAUCAAUGUCUCCAAGGCCUCGCAUGAGGAUGUGGUCAAAUUAAUUGGACGCUGCUCCGGUGUCUUGAAACUGGUCAUUGCUGAGGGAGAGCAUCACCGGCGACACCAUCAUCACCAGCGCACUGCUGGCAGUCGUCACCACAGCAGCGCUGCAAUGGCAGCUUCUUACCUGGACUCUUGCUCCAGUGAUGACGAGUUGGACAGCUUCCAUGACAACGGCAUUAACAACAACAACAAUAGCAGGCCGUGCUCUGGAUCCCGUGGGGGUUGGUACAAACCCAAACUGGAUUCUAAGCAGCUGGGCAUCAACCGGGCAGAGAAGGUGGUGGCCGAGCUGCAGUCCGGGGGAAUCUUCAAUAUGAUCUUUGAGAACUCCAGUCACUCCUCCAGCAGCUCAGACAAGGACAGGGCUGGGGUUACCUCCCCAUCCAAAUCACGUCCACUCUCUGAACCUGAAUUCCCUCCAUAUCGGACCUCCUCGCGGUCCCGGAGCAACCCCAACCUGCUCUCUGAGGAGGAGAUGGCCCGAGUUUUGAACGAUGACUCCGUCUUCCUGGACCCGGACUUCCGCCAUCUCCAUCUAUAUCACCCUGAAGAGCAUGAUGUGGAUGUUGGAGAGGGGGGCGACUUGGGCCUAGAGCCAAGCGAAGGCAUCCUCAAUGUGGGCAUGAUGGUGGGUUACCUGGGCUCCAUCGAGCUGGCCUCCACAGGAACAAGCCUAGAGAAUGACAGCCUGCAAGCCAUCAGAGGGAGCAUGAGGCGUCUCCGAGCGGAGCAAAAGAUCCACUCAUUGGUCCUCAUGAAGGUUAUGCAUGACAGUGUCCGUCUGUGCAGUGACAGAGGUCAGGUUCUGGCCACCUACCCUGCAGAGAAAUUAGCCUUCAGUGCCUGCUGUCCCGAUGACAGACGCUUCUUCGGACUGGUCACCAUGCAGGCCACGGAUGACCAUGAUGAUCGUCAUUAUGGCAGUGGACGAGAGGAAGGAGAGGGUGGAUUGAGGACUUCAUGUCACGUGUUCAUUGUAGACCCAGACCUGUGUCACCACCAGGUCCAUUUGGGUGUGGCCAGGAGGUUUGGCUUUGAGUGCACCCCUGAUCCAGACACAGGGGGCUGCCUGGAGUUCCCCCCCACUUCCCAGCCUCUUCUCCAAUUUGUGUCUGUCCUCUACCGCGACAUGGGGGACAACAUUGAGGGUGUGCGGGCCCGGGCCUUCCACGAUCCAGACAAUGAUGCCCAGCAGAACCACAGCACAAGCAGCAACAGUGAUAGCGGAAUAGGCAAUUUUUUGCCUGAGGAGAAGAAUAACAGAGUACUAUUGGUGGACCUCGGUGGUCCUCCUAACCAUAUCUCUGGGCCACGCCACUGGGACAGCCCUCCCCCGUCACAGCAGGCCUGGAGCCCCACCCAAGGAGCCACAGCCUCACACCCGCCUCCCCCUCCACCGCCUCUUAGGAACGGCCACUACCGCCACGAACCGCACCUGGCUGACCUCCCUCACCCUCUCCCCUUGUCCCACCCCUCUCAUUCUGACGUCUCUGGUAGGCACUCACGAGGGAUGCACCCACACCAGCACCACUACUCGCCUGGGAGGCGGGGAGGAGCUGUCGGGGGUGGAGACAAAAGAGGAGGAGGAGGAGUAGUGGAGCAGCAGCGCUGGCUUCCAGUCCACGUGUUGAGAGACUGGCGUCAGCAGCACCACCACCACAGCCACCUUCAGGGCCUCAGCAGUGACCAGGAGUCUUAUGCAGAGUCCACUGACGGAUGGUCCUCGGCCAACUGCAGCACCCUGCCCCCACCCAUGAACAAGAUCCCAGCCGACCGCUACCGGGCCCCGCUGGCUCCCGGAGACCACCUGCCACCACCAGGAGGGAGCCAGCCUCCUCCCACACAUCCCCACUCCCACACACACAGGCUGGCUGCUCAGAAAGACGAGUGGGCUAAGAAGCUUUUUGGUGCUGGGGACAGGGACAGGGACAGGGAGAGGCCUGGAGCAGAGAGAGGAGAAAGAGAGAAGAAACGAGGCGGUGCCAAGCAAGGAGAGAAAAAGGGUGGCCGAUUCCGCGGUCUGACCAUGGGCUUCCCUCCUCUCUCUCAGCGCUCCUCAGCCAGACGCUCCUUCGGACGCUCCAAGCGCCUCAGCCUGGCCCGCUCCCUGGAUGACCUGGAGUCUGCUGCAGUCUCCGAUGGAGAGCUUAACAGCGUGGAGCUGCAGGGCUGCGGCAGUGACAACAGUCUGAACAGUAACGCCAGCCUGCCCAGUGUCCAGAGCCACCGGCGCCACACCGAGAGGAGAGUGGCCAGCUGGGCCGUCUGCUUCGAGAGGCUGCUGCAGGACCCCGUGGGAGUCCGCUACUUCUCGGAGUUUCUAAAGAAAGAGUUCAGCGAGGAGAAUAUCCUGUUCUGGCAGGCCUGUGAGUUCUUCAGUCAUGUCCCCGAGAAUGACAAGAAGCAGCUCUCUCAGCGGGCCAGGGAGAUCUACAACAGCUUCCUGUCCAGUAAGGCCACAACACCGGUCAACAUUGAUAGCCAGGCCCAGCUCGCUGACGACAUCCUCAACGCCCCUCGGCCUGACAUGUUCAAGGAGCAGCAACUGCAGAUCUUCAACCUGAUGAAGUUUGACAGCUACACACGGUUCCUCAAGUCUCUGCUGUACCAGGAAUGUAUGCUGGCUGAAGUGGAGGGCCGGCCUCUACCAGACCCCUACCACAUCCCCAGCAGCCCCACCUCCAAACACAGCACCACUGGCUCCGACCGCUCCAACCUCUCCACACCCAAGAAGGAGGACAAGAAGAGCAAGUCAGGCCGCUCUUUGAACGAGGACAGCAGGGAUGAUUCAGGGGACAGGAAGAAGGGCAUGUUCUUCUCCUGGUCCCGCAACAGAAGCUUUGGCAAAGGCCCCAAGAAACGAGACUUGGCUGACUUCAACUACAAUUUCUCAGGCAGCAAUGGCCGCCGCGAAUCCCAGGGUUCUCUGUCUUCUGGAGCCAGUCUGGAGCUCGGGACCUCGGGGUCGGGGAAGAACGAGGGUGAUGUGUCCCGCAGCUCAGUCUCAGUGUCAGCGGACCGCGGCGGUAGCUGUGUCCCCCUGAGGCAGUGUAACAUAAGCCUGCCGGAUGGCUCGUGCUGCUCGGUGCCACUGAGGGCUGGGGUGUCCAUCAGGGACCUGCUCCUGGGCCUCUGUGAGAAACUCUGUAUCAACCUGGCAGCCGUAGACCUCUUCCUUGUCGGAGGGGAGAAGCCUUUGGUUUUGGACCAGGACUGUAUGACGCUGUGCUCUCGGGACCUCAGACUAGAGAAGCGCACUCUCUUCAGACUGGACUUGGUUCCGAUUAACCGUUCGGUGGGCCUGAAAGCAAAACCCACCAAGCCGGUGACUGAGGUCCUUCGGCCUGUGGUGGCCAAGUAUGGCCUGCACCUCUCAGACCUGGUGGCACGCAUCAGCGGAGAGUCAGAGCCACUAGAUCUCGGUCUUCCUAUAUCCAACCUGGACGGGCUCAGAGUGGUAUUAGAUGUAGCAGACCAUACUCCUGGAAAAGACAAACAGAAAGUCCCUCCUUCUAAGAGCCAUGCCCCACCCUCUACAAGCAGAAACCAAUCAGCACCAGGAGAGGACAGGCCGUCAGGGAAAGCCAGCUCAGCCCAUCCCCAUGGGGAGAACGGCAAGGCUGGGUCCAGCCCUGACACAGGCAGCCAGCCUUUACCCAACCACUCUGUCUCUCUCCAUAAGGCUCCGGAAAAGAGAAAGCAGAAAAAGAUUAAUAUAGACGAAGCCGAAGAGUUCUUCGACCUCAUAUCCAAAGCUCAGAGCAACCGAGCAGACGACCAGCGAGGUCUGCUAAACAAGAGCGACCUGCAGCUCCCAGAAUUCCUGCGUCUGUUGCCGGUGGCAACCAACCAGGCUGUUCCCUCUCCCUACGACCCCGAGCCCACUUGCUCCACGCCUACCUCCCGCAACCCCAACAACGGCAGCUUCCCUAGUAGCGGUCGCCGGGGCAACAAGGAGAACAACAACAACGACCGAGGAGGGAGCUACUGCCAUGCGCUCACCGCGAGCCACCAGACGCAGAGCUUAGACUCUUCGCUGGGCUGCGGGGGAGGAGGGGGCAGGAAAGUCAGGCCACCUCCCCCGUUCCCUGGCGCCCUCUCCCCCAUCUACCCAUCCCAGGAUUCUGUCAAGGGAGAUUCGGUCCAGAUGCUGGAAGAGGACACCCUGCCUGAUCUGACUCUGGUGGGAGAGGGAGACAUUAACAGCCCCAGCCUCACCUACCUAACUCCCUCAUCCCUGCCGUCCAAACCCCAACCCCAACAGCAAGCACAGGACAGUUGGCCCAGCUCAGGUACUUCCCCCAUGUGAACUUUUCCACCUUUGAUCUUCUGAACUUUCACCUCCUUCCUUCACAUGGCUGCGAGUGGGACUGGAAACCCGCUAAACUGAUCUAGAUUCACUUUGCCCUUUAUUCAGGUCAAACAUUGAGAACGUACGAACGGUCUUUGCAUCCAUGUGGCUACCACCAGAAUACAUCCUCCUCUCCUCCCUUCAUUUAAAGUAAAUCGCUUUCUGCAGGCUACAUGAAGUUGAUAAAUUUGAAUCCCAAACAGGCUCUAUUAUCAAACAAUAAAAUAACUGAUGUAAAUAAUGGAGCAAAGACAUUUUGAAAUGUAACAUAAUUGUGUUUCAAGCUGUGUUUUCCUGUAGGAAUCUGUGUCAGUUUGGUGAAAUAGUGGAUAUAGUGAGUUGAGAUUAAACUCUGUGGUGUAUGCACUAAUUUAUCCUCUGUACAAUUAAUAGCUGGAAUUGUAGUUAACAGAUGACAACACAUUUAACGUGGCUGAUAGAUCAAAUACAGGCCAACCAUAUCGUUCCUCUUAAUGUUUGGUCAUGUAGCUGUUAUGACAUGAAGAGAGGAGAAAAGGAUGCAUUUAAAUGAAGCUUGAACAGAAUUUGUGUGUGCUUCUCCUCCCUGGAGUUUUCCUGUGUGGUCUGUAUCUGUGUGAAGUGUUUGAGUGGACUUGCUGUGGACUUCCCUGGAAACUUGAGCUCAAGCAUAAGCUCAGGAUGAGACCGACAAUUGGCGAUGACCCAGUGCCAAACUUCCUCCUCCAUCCUUAGUGUACAGACUCUAACAAUGCACUUUAGCCCAUUACAAAAAAGACUUUGCCCAUAAACCUUGCUUUUUGUCUUUUUCGUUUUUCUUUUCUUUUUAAUUUGUGUUAUACUUGGAACUAAAGCCUGUUCACGCCACAGGAGGUUGAGUCAUCAGAGAUUCGGACAAGAAAUGAAUCGCUGAUACUCGUGAACAAUCACUAACUAUACCAAAUCUGACAUGGUAUGGAAUCGUAUCUUGGGUAGAACUCAAAGCUACAUUAGCGCACUUUUAAAAUGGACCCUGCUUAGGGAAGGAAGUGUUAUUUUAAACUUGUUGCAUGUUUUUUUCCCUCCAAGUUGGAGCACACUGCAGCGCUGACACCGGGCUUGACCCCACACAUACAGUCAGAGGCUUGCAUCAACUCACUCACAAACACACACACACUCAGCUGCUCUCCAAUCACCUGAGGACAGUACACUCUGUGUUUCCACUGUUCCCUCACCGCAGGCGUUUCUCGUGUCAGUCAUUCAAACAGAAUACAGUGUGUGCACAGACAUGCAAUCUUUAUCUGUCCACACAACCCAGAAAAUUACUGCAGACUGCAAAUCUGUAUUUCUCCAUCUUUCAGCUCCCUCAUCUCAUUCCCUUUUUGUCUAUCCUCCACUUUGCGUAGCGAACAGCAGCAUUUGUCCAAUUUCUUUCUUCUCAAAGAGUACCCAUGACUCCACAUCCAUCAUUUUUCAGUCUCUUUUACACUGCAACGCUGUUACUCACGUUCACGAUGACACUCCUCUCCAGCAAUUCAACAAUGUUUUUAACUGCCUGUCCUUGCAACGUCUCGACCAGAAGAAUCAGACUAACAAGUCAAAAUGUGUCAUUGUUUAAAAGUUUUUACUCUUAUUUUAUCGUGUAAUAUAUUCUCAAGACAUUAAUUUAUCCCACAUCCUUUUGAAAUCCUUCAGUGUAUCGAUGAAAAGUAUUAAUUUGUAUAUAGUCAAGAUUUUGAAAGCAUACCAUAUUACUAUAGUCAUUGUUGAAUUGCAAAGCAGCCAUGGUGUUUCUUCAGUUGUGCCACCAAUAGAAAUGAGUUCUGUUCUGUUCUGUUCUCUCCCAUUAGGAUUGCCUGUACUGUUUGUAAAUAGAUCUAAUAAAUGUUCUAGAGGUUGAAAUCA